GGCACUUGGUCUAUUAAUUAUUUUCCCCUCGUGUAAUAUAAUAGACGCACCUGUAACCACACCCACCGGUGAUGCUGCAGUGUACUGACACCCCCUGGAGUACACUCAUACGUCACUGCAGCGACAGAAACGUGUGCGAGGAGUUGUUUGAUAAAAUCUGCAACACAUUUCAGGUAUAUCUGUGCGCUUUAAUAUUUUUUAAUUUAUUUCGUGUUUGGUCCAAUCUAUCUCAUCGUGGUUAGUGUUGUCUUCACUUGUUUUGUAAUUAUUUAAUAAACGAAAAAGAAAUUUUUUAAAUGAGAGUGUAAAAUUCCCUGUUGAUGACCUUCAGGUUGUUUUGACCACAUUAACCUAUGACCUAUUAUUAACCUGUGUGUGUGUAUAAGUGUUUAUAUAUGUAUAUAAAACAUAGAUACAUAUAUUAUGGUAUUAUAGAGUAUAUUAAAGGGUAUAUUAGGGUAGCUCACCCAAAGGCUGAUGUGAUGUGUGAGUCAUGGUGCCAUACUGUAAAAGCAAAAACAAUAUGGUAAAAGCAUUUUUUUUUAAUUAUUUUAUUUAUUUUUCUUUUCAUUUCCAUAUUCUUUAAUUCACUUAAUAUUUCCACAUUUAUUUUCUUAUACUUUUACAGAUUCGUUCUCUUUUAUGGCACUCCUGUGACUCCAUAGUUUUCAGGACAAAAUGUGAGUUCUGGAUGUUGAUAUUUGAUCUUAUUCAUGUGAUUUGUUUUGGAGGUUUCAGUUUGAGCGUUUGGAUACUGAGUAAAUGUAAGUAGUAAGAUAUUUUCUCCAGUUAUAUAAUUUGUCAAAGAUCCCUGAUGUAUAAAGUAUAAAAGUGAGGAGUAUUUUGUGUCUUGAGCAGACUGCGCCUUUAACUGAGGAGACAGAGACAGGAAGGUUAAAGACUUCAGGUGAAGCGAAAAGCAGAAGGAAAGUUAAAGUCUCCUUAAAAAAAACCCGACGGGAACACUUCGGUCCACAUCAGUCGAACCCCGCAGCUCACUAACAGAUAUUUUUAAGUCCGGAAAAACAAACGGAACAUCCGGGAAACGCAACCCGAUCUGCAAAAGACGUGGAAUGUCUUAUUCCUUUUUUUUUUUUCUUCCGCCCUUCAAACCCGGUAAUAAUGAUGGAGGAGUAAAAAGCGACAUGAUUGGUGGAUGCAGCCAGCGGAGGAGAAAUGUAAACCCGUUCGUGUUGUUGCAUCGGGGGGGUUGAAAACUGAACGCUCCCCCUCUUGUUUUUUUUUUUUUUUUUUUUUUUCUCCCUUCCCUUCCUUCAAUGACAGCAGCAGGAGCCAGCCGGGCGGUGCGGUGGGAAGCUUCCCCCCGGUACGAGAAGGAUUUCCCUGCAAGUCUGCGAUGCAGUGAAGGGAUAGAAGAUGAAAAUACACAAAAAGGACAAGCAGCAGCUGCUGCUGAAAACGAGGUUAAAGACGAGAGCGGAGGGCGAACAGUUAAACUGCGGGACGAGAGAAGGAGCUGAGAGUCGGAUGUUCACUGGCCUCCUGAAGCACACGCCUCCGGCCUCCGCUGCAGCAGCCUCCUCCUCUGCCUCGGACCAAAACAGCAACGCACAAACCACAGUUCCCACAAUCCCACGGGGACACCUGGUCGUGGGCCCCAAGGACCAGCUCCGCCUCCUCACCCCCGUGGGCAGCACGGCGACGUCCAAUCACUGCGCGGCCGCGGGGGCCCACGCCACUAAGCACUCCGAAGGCGCCCCGCGACCUCCGUCCUCCCUGAGCGAGGAGGACGAUGGAGGAGGCGGGGGCAGGGUGAAGAAGAAACGAAAGAAAAAGGACAAGAGAGAGCGGGAGAAAGGAGGCGGGGAGGAGAGGGAGGAGAGGGAGAGCAGCAAACCAAAGAAACGAAAGGAUGAGAAGGAGGCGACGACGGUGGUCACGCUGAGGAAGGGCAAGGAGCGGAAGGAGCGCAGGACCAAGGGGAAGGACGGCAGGAAAGAGGGCGGGGCAGACGCGAAGAAUGCGGUAGGGGGGAAAGCGUCAGGCGCCGCCGUGGCCCCCGGACCGGCUCAGGUGCCUGUUAAGGUGCCUGGUAAAAGAGGAAGGAAACCGAAGAUCAAAGUCCUACCUCCUGUUCCCACGAAUCAAGCACCUCCUCCUGCACCGGGACUCCACGCUAAGGUCCAGGUCCAGGCCAAGAACCACGGCCAGGCCAACAGCAAGACUCCAGCCCCCUCAGCGCCAAAACAGAGGGGCCGCAAACCCAGAGAUCCUGGCGCGGCGCCAGUGGAGAAGAAGAAGAAGGGGAAGAGGAGAAACCAGGAAGUGGCUGUCCAGGAGGGGGCGGAGAGUGACGACACUACCUCAAUGUCAGCCCUCAACAUGGGUGGAGAGGACAGCCAGGACCCCCUGGAUAACGCGAAGCGGCGUUCGGGACGACAGGUCAAGAGGAGGAAGUAUAACGAGGAUUUAGACUUUAAGGUGGUGGACGAUGACGGAGAGACCAUCGCGGUCCUUGGAGCCGGUCGCAUCUCGGCGCUGAACGCCACCGCUCUGGCGUGGCAGGCCGAGGAACCACCUGAGGACGAAGCCAACAUCAUUGAGAAAAUUCUGUCUGUCAGAACAGCGAAGAAAGAGACUUCGCCGUCAGAGGACCAAGCGGAGGAAACAGAGGAGUUUUACGUCAAGUACAGAAAUUUUUCCUACCUUCACUGCAAAUGGGCCACUCUGGAGGAGCUAGAGAAGGAUCCUAGAAUCCACCAGAAGAUAAAACGCUUCAGGACCAAACAAGCCCAGAUGAAACACCUGUUCACCGAGCCUGAUGAGGACUUGUUUAACCCGGACUAUGUCGAGGUGGACCGAGUGCUGGAGGUGGCUGUUACCACAGAUACUGAGACUGGAGAGGAGGUGACCCAUUACCUCGUUAAGUGGUGCAGUCUCUCGUACGAGGAGGCGACGUGGGAGCUGCAGGAGGACCUGGACCCGGAGAAGAUCAAAGAGUUUGAGGGGAUCCAGAAACUGCCGCCGGACCUCAGACACAUGGAACGUCCUCUUCCAGACAAGUGGCAGAAGCUGGAGCGGAGCAGAGAUUACCGCAACGGAAACCAGCUCAGAGAAUACCAGUUAGAGGGAAUGAACUGGUUACUGUUCAACUGGUACAACAGGAAAAACUGCAUCCUGGCAGAUGAAAUGGGUUUGGGAAAGACGAUCCAGUCCAUCACCUUCCUGUACGAGAUCUUCAACAUGGGGAUCCGCGGCCCCUUCCUCAUCAUCGCCCCCCUGUCCACCAUCACCAACUGGGAGAGGGAGUUUCGCACGUGGACGCACAUGAACGUCAUCGUGUACCACGGCUCCCAGAUCAGCCGGCAGAUGAUCCUGCAGUACGAGAUGUUUCACAGAGACCCGCAGGGUAACACGCUCCCCGGCGUGCUGAAGUUUCACGGGCUGAUCACCACCUUCGAGAUGAUCAUGGCCGACUGCCCGGAGCUGAAGAAGCUGCACUGGCGCUGCGUGGUGAUCGACGAGGCUCACCGCCUGAAGAACAGGAACUGCAAACUGCUGGAGGGGCUCAAACUCAUGAACCUGGAACACAAGGUUCUGCUGACGGGAACCCCUCUGCAGAACUCUGUGGAGGAGCUGUUCAGUCUGUUGAACUUCCUGGAGCCGCUGCAGUUUCCCUCCGAGAGCAGCUUCCUGGAAGAGUUUGGUGACCUCAAAACAGACGAACAGGUGAAGAAGCUUCAGGCCAUUUUGAAACCCAUGAUGUUGCGGCGACUGAAAGACGAUGUGGAAAAAAACCUGGCGCCCAAAGAAGAGACCAUCAUCGAGGUGGAGUUGACCAACAUCCAGAAGAAAUACUACCGAGCCAUCUUAGAGAAGAACUUCUCCUUCCUGUCUAAAGGAGCGAACCAACACAACAUGCCCAACCUCAUCAACACCAUGAUGGAGCUCCGCAAGUGCUGUAACCACCCCUACCUGAUCACAGGAGCAGAGGAGAAGAUUCUGGAAAGCUUCAAGAAAUGCCACAGUCCGGACGCGCCGGAUUUCCAGCUGCAGGCCAUGAUCCAGGCGGCCGGUAAACUGGUGCUGAUCGACAAGCUGCUUCCCAAGCUGCUGGCCGGGGGACACAAAGUCCUGGUCUUCUCCCAGAUGGUCCGCUGUCUGGACAUCCUGGAGGACUACCUCAUCCAGAGACGGUACACGUACGAACGCAUCGACGGCCGCGUGCGAGGGAACCUGCGGCAGGCGGCCAUCGACAGGUUCUGCAAGCCGGACUCGGACCGCUUCGUUUUCCUGCUGUGCACCAGAGCCGGAGGGCUGGGCAUCAACCUGACGGCCGCCGACACCUGCAUCAUCUUCGACUCGGACUGGAACCCGCAGAACGACCUGCAGGCUCAGGCACGCUGCCACCGGAUUGGUCAGAGCAAAGCGGUGAAAGUCUACAGGCUGAUCACCAGGAACUCGUACGAGAGGGAAAUGUUCGACAAGGCGAGUCUGAAGCUCGGCCUGGACAAAGCCGUCCUGCAGGACAUCAACCGAAAAGGAAGCCUGAACGGGGUGCAGCAGCUUUCGAAGCUGGAGGUGGAGGAUCUGUUGAAAAAAGGAGCGUACGGCGCCCUGAUGGACGAGGAGGACGAGGGCUCCAAGUUCUGCGAGGAAGACAUCGACCAGAUCCUUCAGAGACGGACUCAGACCAUCACCAUCCAGUCUGAGGGGAAGGGAUCCACGUUCGCUAAGGCCAGUUUCAUCUCGUCUGGUAACAGAACAGACAUUUCUCUGGACGACCCAAACUUCUGGCAGAAAUGGGCCAAGAUCGCUGAGGUGGAGAUCGACUCCAAAUCUGAGAAGGAGUCCCUGGUGAUCGACACGCCCCGGGUGAGGAAACAGACCCGUCACUACAACUCCUUCGAGGACGACGAGCUGAUGGAGUUCUCGGAGCUCGACAGCGACUCGGAGGAGAGGCCGUGCCGCACCCGUCGCCUGGGCGACCGCAGCCGGCGGUACCUCCGCGCCGAGUGUUUCCGGGUGGAAAAGAACCUGCUAAUCUUCGGCUGGGGUCGGUGGAAGGACAUCCUGAACCACGGUCGGUUUAAAUGGCACCUGGCAGAGAGAGAUAUGGAGGUGAUCUGUAGGGCUCUGCUGGUUUACUGCCUCAGACACUAUAAAGGUGACGACAAGAUCAAGAGCUUCAUCUGGGACCUGAUCACACCCACCAAGGAAGGCCAGGACCAGGCGCUGCUCAACCACUCCGGUUUGUCAGCUCCGGUUCCUCGGGGUCGGAAGGGGAAGAAGCUGAAGAACCAGUUGAAUGUUCCCGGUGAAGUGAAGAACGCCGAUUGGCUGGUCCAUUGUAACCCUGAGGUGGUUCUGCAGGACGAGAGCUACAAGAAACACCUGAAGCAGCACUGCAACAAGGUGCUGCUCAGGGUGAGGAUGCUGUACUACCUGAAGGUGGAGGUGCUGGGUGAGGCAGCCAAUCAGGCUGUAGAGGGGAUACCUGCCAGUAAACUGGAGGUGUCGCUCCCAGACAUCGACUACAUCGAGAUUCCAGCGACGUGGUGGGAUGCUGAUGCUGACAAGUCUCUGCUCAUAGGAGUCCACAAACACGGAUACGAGCGGUACAACGCCAUGCGUGCUGAUCCAGAACUGUGUUUCCUGGAGAGGGUGGGGAUGCCAGAUGUCACCGCGCUGUCUGCUGAGCAGGGGGGAGGAGAGGUGGCCACCGACAUCGCCGACAGCGUCUGCAAAACGGAGGAGGCGAAGGACGACACGGAGAGCAAGGCUGAUGCAGGGGAGGAUAGAGACGAGAGCAGCAAGGGAGAGGAAACCUGCUCCAGCACCGACACCUCAGACAAGCCUGACAGCACAGGUCCAGACUCCCAGAUGUCAGGUGACUUGUGCGCUCAAGACAGCACUUUGGUCACCACGACGACGACAGGAACAGGGACGGGUGUGGCGGCGCUGCACGUGGUCCAGGCCAGGCCGCUGUGGCCCACCGGCCCCGCCUUGACGGCGCGUUUACGACGCCUCAUCACCGCCUACCAGAGGUUCACGCUACGCCGCGAGCCGCUGCUCAGACACGACUUCCUUCUCCACGACGGCCUCGUCGGCAUGGGGAUGGGAGGGACUGGCGCCUCUCACGGUCACCACGCCGGCGGGCCGCUGGCGUGGCAGCUGGGUGAAGAGCUGAGGAGGUGUUCAGUGGUCGCCACAGAGCCUGACCCGCUGUUUCUGGAGUGGCAGAGAAGGUGGACUCGUCGGGAGCAGGCAGACUUUUACCGCACCGUGUCGUCGUUCGGGGUGGUGUACGACCCCGAGAGGAAAACCUUCGACUGGUCCCAGUUCAGAGCGCUGGCCCGACUGGAGAGGAAGACAGACGAGAGUCUGGAGAGAUACUUCAACUCCUUCGUCAACAUGUGCAGGACGGCCUGCAAGCUGCCGCCGAGGAAGGAAGAAGGUCUGGUGGACCCCAGCGUUCUCGUGGAGCCUCUGACGGAGGAGCGAGCGGCCCGGACUCUGUACCGCAUCGAGCUGCUCCGCAAGAUCAGAGAGCAGGUUCUCCGUCACCCGUUACUCUCGGCCCGCCUCCAGCUGUGCCGCCCCUCGCUCUACCUCCCGGUCUGGUGGGAGACCGGCAAACACGACCGCGACCUCCUCAUCGGGGCGGCACGCCACGGCUUGAGUCGCACCGACUUCUACAUCCUCAACGACCCGCAGCUGACCUUCCUGGAGGCUCACAGGAACUACGUCAGGGGACAGCCCUCUCACAUCCAUCCUCAGAGCCACCACCACCCUCACCAUCCGGGCUUGGCGGCUCAUCCUGGGAUCUCGUCCUCAUCUUCCUCCUCGGCUCACCCGCAGCUGCCUCAUCCUCACUGCUGUCUGUACGACUCUGGGCUCGGUCACCACUCCCCUCAGCCUCCUGAGUACCCCCACCAGUCCUCCCACCACCACCAGCACCACCACCAGCAUCACACUGUGCCUCCAUCAGCUCCCUCGCCUUCUUCCUCCUCUUCCUCCUCCUCUCACCCUCACCUCCAUCCUCCGCCGCUGGACGCCCACGAUUCGGCCUCACCGAGCCUGGGAAUCGUCCCCGGGUCGCGGGGAGAUUUCCUCGACUGUCCUCCUUUGGACGAAACGCUGGAGCUGAGUUCCCUGCAGCACGACGCCAUGUCCGCAGACGCCCUACACGGAGGGAAGGCAUCCAAAGACGCCCUCAACGGCUUCCCCUUCAACUCGGCGGCGGGAGGUCAGAGCAUGCUCAACUCGUACGGUGUCGGGGGAACGGACCUGGACUCCAAACUGAGGAGUGACGUGCUCGUUGGUGAGCAGGGCUCGUCAGAGGAGACUGGGCUGAUGGCGCCAUCAGUGGAGCUGGACCAGUUACAGGCUCCCUGGGACGGCACGGACCACUCCAGUCCUGCUCACCACAUGUUCAACGAGUCCGAUCCGAUCCUGGGUCCCUCGGCUCUGGAGACCGGCUUCCUGGAGGAGGAGGACGAGGAGGCGCAGGGGGGAGACAGAGGAGCGGAGGAAGGUGGAACCCUGGAGGAGUGCCUGGGCCUCCCGCCCUCGUCCUCUCCCUCCCACCCCUCCGCAGGAGACUCCGUGGAGCCGCUGUCCUCCAGCUACAUGCUCUUUAAGGACAUCGGCGUGAGCGAGGAACCCAGCGCGGAUCAAACAGACCUGUCAGCGAGCCCCCCUCCGCCCUACGUGCCCCCUCCUCCCCUCUCUCUGUCUGACAUCACCGCCCACGAGCCGCAGGAUAGGCUGGGCCACCCCGACGUCACCGAGAGCCUGACCAAUCCCGUGGACGAGGGGGAGGAGCGGGAAGUAGGCGCGGGGUUCGAGUUCGACGACAAGGAGGAGGAAGACGUGGAGGACUUGUCGAGGCGGACGGUGGAAAAACGAGGAGGUCCGAGUCUGGAGGGAGAACGGUGCGAUUCAGACCGAGGUGCAGACCACAGUUUGGGACACAUGGCCCAGAUCGAUGGGUUAGAGCCGGAGCAGGACGAGAGAAUGGAUCUUCAGGAGAGCUUCCGUCAGGCAGAAGACAAAGCAGACGUGCAUCCUUACCUCGGGAAGCUGGAGCAGUGUCCUGAGUCUAUAGAGGAACCCGGGGAGGAGGUGGACGGGUUGAUUUUGUAUCAGGCCGUGGAGGAAGAGACGAUGGAAGAUUCGAUCGAAUCGGGAGCCUUGAUGGGGAACGCGUCCAGAGAGGACGGUUCGGUGGAGCACACGGAUCUCUCAGAUCAAGUGGAUGAGAUCUCAGAGGGGCAGGUGGAUCAUGUGUCUCUGAUGGACGUUCAGGUCGUUCAGUCACGCGAUCAAACGGCGGAGAAGGCAGCGAAACAGUCGAACGCCAAAGCCGGCGAGAUGGAGCUUGACAGCAUUUACUCCGAAUGCGUGAAGCCCUCCUCUGCUUCCCUUUCAUCCGUUACAAUAGAAUCCAAGUCUGACGAGGCCACCGGCGGGAAGGCUGGAGUCAAAACUGAAGUCUCCAUGGAUCAGGACAGCUAUGACGGAACAGCUGAGGACUCCUUCGAUCAGGACAACAAGGAGCAUCUGCUUGAACAAAACGAAAUCAAAAUCGCCGCCGCUCUGCCUGAAAACAGCGCUGACACAAAACCGCCUGGUCUUAAAUUUUCUCCUUCGCCGGACAGUGUUGGUGAAAGGAAACCAGCUCAACUGGAGCUGCCGAUCAAGGUCGAGGAGACAAAGAUGGAGAUCGCUGAGGAGGUGUUACCCAUCUACCCUGACAGCUCUGAAGUCAAACACGCUAAGUUCCUCGCUUACACCGUUAAGUCAGAAGACCUGGUGACCAAAGCUGAGCAGUUAGACUAUCCCGUGAAACAGGAAGCACUGGAGGCCAAACCUGAAGACCUCAGCCUCCCCAUGAAGGCCGAGAGCUUAGACAGUAAACCCGAGGUCCUCCAGUUUGCAGCUUUUGGCGCCGAAAUCAAACCUGAAGCCAAACCGCUGUCACUCGGGUUUGCUGCGUAUCCGGACGGAGCCAAGCUGAAGAGCGAGACAAAAACAGAAGGUUUAAGGUUGACGGCUUUUCCCGACACGUCUGCCAUCAAGCCCGAAGCCAAGCCAGAGGGUCUGGAGUUCGCAGCCUUCCCAGACAGCUCUGAGAUCAAACCCGAGGCCAAGCCAGAGGACCUGGAGUUCACGGGUCUGCCCGAGAUCAAAGCUGAGACGAAGCAGGAGCUGCUGGAGGCGGACAGCACGGUCCUGACCCCGAAGCUGGAGCAGGCGGACGGGCUGGUGGACACCUCAGAGAGCCAGCUGGUGAAGGGUCAAGUGAAGGAGGAGAGGCCAAGUACACCAGUGCCUGUGGUGGAAGGUUACGUGGGCAGCCCCAGGUUUGCGACUCCUGUUUCCAUGUGUGAGAUUCCCGACAGUCUCCACGACAGCAGGGAGCCGACCAUCGCUCAGCUCCUGCAGGAGAAAGCACUUUAUUCCUUUUCUGAAUGGCCAAAGGACCGGGUGAUAAUAAACCGCCUGGACAGCAUCUGCCACGCCAUCCUGAAGGGGAAGUGGCCUUGGCCGAGCGAGCAGCACGACUCUCCCGGCUCCCUGACUGCCAACUCCUGUCUGGCCAACAGCUUAGCCCAGCACCACCACCACCGGGCGGGAUUCCUCCCCACCACAGCCUCCAGCUCCGUCCCGGGCCAGGCCAGAGUUCAGCAGACAAGCCCCGGACUGGGGUUCUCCAUCCCUCCCCCUCUUACAAGACUACCUAAGUACAUGCCGCGGGGCGGUGCAUGCGGGCGCGGAGCUUGGCGCCUCACCUCCUUGCCUCUCUUACAGGAGAGGCUCGUGGCUCCUCCCUUCCUCCCCGAGCUCAAACGCGCAGGAGGUCGGAGGUCUUUCGACUACGAAGCCGCUGCAGCAGCUGCGGCCGCUGCCAAAGUUUUAGCUGGGAAAUCGGCAUCGUCGUGCCACACUGCCGCCGCCACCACAAGCUCUAGCGCUGAGAAGGGGCCGGUGGUGGCCCCUCCCUCUCACCGCACGGGAUCCAUGUUGAUCAACGGUUGGCAAGAAGCAGCCAUCGAUCUAACCAAGUCGUCUGCAGAAAUAAGCACCACUAGUGGCAUCGGGACAGGCGAUGCUGUGGUUGCACCGGGAAUCAGCCACCACGGCGCUGGUGGCGGCAGCAGUCACAAGCUGCCGCCGCCGCCCCCCAUCACAGCACCCUUACCGGGCUCUGUGGGCAUCGACAUGGCCGGGAUACUUCAGGCCGGGCUCAUCCAUCCUGUAACAGGGCAAAUAGUAAACGGGAGCCUGAGGGGAGAUGACUCACUGAGGAGGAGGAGAGGGAGGAGGAGAAACGUGGAAGCUCUGUACUCUGAGUUCACCAAGAGCCGAGGACUGCACCUCCCUGAGACACAGGGCCGAGUGGAGGUGAUCAGCCACUCCUCUGUCUCCUCCUCCACCUCCUCGCCGUCCCCCUCUCCGUCAGAGCGGCCCGCGGGUCCUCCCACGCCGUCCUCCUCCUCCACGCCCACCCCCACCCAGACGCCUCCUCAGCCGGAGAUCGUGGCCAUUGACAGAGAGGCGGCGAGCAAAGGCCUGAUCGAGUGGCUGAGACAGAACCCGGGCUACAGCAUGGACCUGCCCGCAUUCACUCAUUCCGGAGCAGGUCUGUUACACGGUUUUGUGGAGCGACCCAAGCAGAGGAGGCAUCGCUGCAAAGACCCGACUAAGCUGGACAUCAACUCUUUGACGGGGGAGGAGAGGGUUCCUGUUGUGCACCGAGGCACCGGACGCAGGCUCGGUGGCGCCAUGGCUCCAGCCAUAAAGGAGCUCUCCCGGUGGCUGGACGCCAACUCAGAGUACUAUGUAGCUCCAGACUGGGCUGACGUGGUCAAACACUCUGGUUUCCUCCCUGAGGGGAAGUUCUCUCGGAUCCUGACAGAACCCGUCAACAGAGACCCGGGCUCUCGGCGCCGUGGACGUCGACCUCGCAGUGAGAUGCCUAAGCCCCUCCUGUCCGUCUCUGACUCCGCCUCGUCUGGCCUCGGCCCCCCCCUCUUCAUGAACGGCGGUUUAAUCGGCAGCAUGGACUCCAUGGUGGCCAUGCAGAACCUCCGUGGCGGCAUUCCUGGAAUUCCCAUCUCCGGGAUCAUGGCAGCUGGAUUCCCACACGGUUUCCCUGCAGCGGUGCAAGCGGGAGGAGCCGGGGCGUCGGCGGAAGACGCCAAGAACGGGUUGAGUAUGUUACCCAUGAUGCUGCACGGCAUCCCUCACCCGCAUGGAGCUGCGAUCCCGCAGCACGCCUUGUUCAGCGUUGGUGCGAUGAUGGCGCACACCCAGCCGCCGCCUCCUCCUCACCCCAGCUCCACCUCGUCGACCUCUUCUUCUUCUUCACUGUCCGCUCCGAAGGUCACCACGACGACCGCCCCCUCCAUGUCUGAGGCUGUGAGCCCCUCGUCGACGACGCCUGCUGAGAAAGAGAGCGCUUCGGCUACCGGUGGCGAGAAGGAGAGGAGCCGGGAGGAGAAAGGAGCAGCGGAGUCCAACAAAAGGCCCGGAGGGGUGGAGGCAGCGGCCAUCAUCACCUCCACCAGCAGGGCCCACCUCAGCUCGGCGCACCUCGGAGCCAGCGCCGGCAGCCAUCUUACCUUCAACCCCUUCCUGAUCCCGGGCAUGUCCCACGGCCUGCUGUACCCGCACAUGUUCUUGCCGCACGGUGGCAUCAUGGCGCUGCCCGCCAUGCCUCCUGGUGCCAUAGACGGUUCCCCAGGAAGCCCAAAGAGGAGGAGGAAGAGAGGGAGGGAGGAAGGGGAGAGAGAGGAGGAGAGGGAGAAGGUGGCGAUGGCAGAGUUAGAGGAGAGAGAAAGUACAGUUAAGGCUAGUGUUUCCUCCCACCUGGCCUCCUCCUUAUCUCCCUCCAUCCCGUCUACCUCGGCCCCAGACCCAGCCCCGCCUCCGACCGAAGAGCCCCAGACCGGGCAGGGAGACGGAGAGGACGGGCCCUCGGAGCCCCAGGAACCAGACUCCCAUAACCAUCCUGAGGGAGCGGCGACAGAGGAGAGCGAGGACAGACUGGAGGAGACAGGAGGAGAGGCGGCGGCGGAGCAGGAGGAGAAGCAGGAAACUGAGGAGCAGAGACAGGUGGAGGGAGAGGAGGAGACAGCGUAGAGGAGGAGACAGACUGCAGAGGACGGAGAGACAAACCACUUCCCUCUCUCUCCUCCGUCUCCUCUGUUGCUCUUUUUCUCGACUGAGCAACAGUGUAAAGUUUGUGCCGUGUCUGUCAGUCAAUGUCCAUGUAAAGACUUUUAUUAUGAUGAUGACUUAUAAUAACAAUGAUGAUUAUAUUCAACUUGGUCAUGUUUAUAUACCAAGACCCCUCCCACCCAACCCCCCACCCCCCACCCCCCACCCACCCCCCACCCACCUUCUCCACUCCCUCCUUGUAUACAAACAAACUAGUGUAAGAGAUGAUCUUCUGUGUAUUCUUCCCCUUCAUUCUGCAUCGAGACUGAGUCGGGAGGGACACUUCUCAACACACACACACACACACACACACACACACACACACACACACACUGCAGGCAAGAUGUGCUAACCAAGAAGCGGCGUUGGCGAUAGUAUUGAUCCGGUUAUGAGUUCCAAAUGAUCCGGGAUGAUGGUCAGUUUGGAUUCGGUUCGGUGUGUAACGUCGCUCUGAAUUUCUCACCUCGUUUCUCUUGUUUUGUUUUGUUUUUUUUCUGGAGUUCAGUUGUUGUUUAUGUUCAAGGUCAAAAAAAAUAAGCGCUGUCUUGUUAUUUUGACUUGUGGAUGAUAUUUUUGUGCAAUGUUCAAAAAACCCUGCAGCCCAGAUUAACCUGGGAGAGUCUGAACCAGAGCUCUCAGACAUACGUGACACUAAAACACCUGUUCCUGAUCGAUACUGAGGGAAAACACUGAUUAACAUUAACCUGAGAUUACACAAGCUGCUCUACUAAGAAAUCAGACAGCAGCCCAGAUGUGUGGCCAUUUUGAAAAUCUCUAAAUUAUCUUGAUGCGACUCCGAGAAUAAAAGUGUCGAUUUAAGAAAGUUGCCGAAUUAGAAAAAAAGGAAUUUGUUUUGAUAGUUUUUUACCUGUUAAAAUCAAGAAGAUUGUGGCUUUUAUUGGCAAAAAGGUAAAAAAAAAAUAAGUGUUAAUAAAUUCCUGGCAUGGAUGUUGUAUCUUAAUUUGAAGGUACCGUCAGUCAUGUUUUUAUUUUGGCUAUAAUUUAGGUAUUAUCAAUGCUAUGCCACUGCUGCUAUAACGUCUUUUCAAGAAGAAGUUCAGAGAAAAAUCUUCACACUAGAAGAAUUCAGAUUCCAAGAAAAUGAAAUGUUGAGUAAAAGAGAUUCAGAGGAAGAAGAACUCCAACUUUUUCGUCGAUUAAUUUCAUGAGAUUAAUUUCUUUCUGUUUACCGUUCAGAUCAUGUUGAGAUUUUUAAAAAAAAAUCAGACACAAAGUCACUUUGAGAGAAAGUCCCUCUAAUCAGAAGAGAUGGAAGAGCCGAGUGAAGCCACCAGGGGGCGGUAGGAGGCAGAGUUGAUUGUAAGGGGGGGUGGAAGGAUGGUGGGAGAAAAGAGGAGAAGGAGAUGUGUGUGUUUUUCUUUUAAAAUCAUGCCCUGAGGUUGUUUUUUUAUCAGGCUCCCAAAUGACAUUAACUUCCAGAAAAUCACUUUAACAGUGGCUCCAUCAGUAAGACGCUGCAGAACGGCUGCAAUCAUGACCUGUAGCAUCAUGUCCUUUUUCAUUUUUCUGCUCGCACUGUCUUCUCACUUUUUCUUGUCAGUGUGAGAUUGUGUGUUCAGAGAAAUAUUACCUGCGCGUUGUCGACCAUCUGUCCAGCGAAAGGGAAAAAAAAAAAAAAGUCUGUUUUUGUUUAGGACUGAAGAACAGAUGACACAGGAAGAGGAGGGAUACAAAGCGGUGUGAAUCACUCGGGCUGAGUGCCUCGUCGUUGCUCUUUUGUCUUGUUUCUUUUUCCUCAGAUUAGUUUUAAUAGCAGUUCAUACUAAGAGUUUCUAAAUAUGUAAAUCUAUCGCUGUAUAUUGCUGUUUUUUUUUGUUUUUUUGUUUUUUUUUUUUAAAGUGCACCAUUUAUUUCUUUUUCGCCUUUUGUUUUGUUUCUCCAAUGGGAAAAAAAAAAUACUUGACAUAUGCGAGGGGGUUUUUGCAUUGAGGUUAGUCCCAGUGUUUUCUGUAUCAAACAGACUGUACUGUACAUUAAAUGGAUGCAAGUCGCUGGUUUUAUUCAGUCUUUUCACAACAGGGUUCUGUAUUUUUGGGGGAAAUAUGUCAAAAUGUUUCUGUUCAUGAUGUUGGUCUUCACUUCUUUUUUGUUUUCAGACAUGAAAACAUUAUUUUUGCACAAUGUCUUUUUUUGUGAAUGUUAACCUGUCUUUGCUUUCUUUUAUGUGUGUGGGUGUGUGUGUGUGUGUGUGUGUGUGUGUGUGUGUGUGUGUGUGUGAUAAUGGGAGAGAGUGUGUGUGUUUGUGUGCAUGCAUGCGCACACCUGUUUUGUUGUGCUGGAGCUGUGUUUCUAUCUCGGUCUCAUUCUUACAGGUCACAUUUUCUUGUUGGGAAAAAAAAAAACAUAGUUGUUGCCUUGUCACAAGUUUGUGGCUACAUAUAAUUUAUUAUACUUUUCUUUUGCUUUGCCAAACUUUCACCAAAUAUGACAUUCUUUCUCUCUCUUUAGUUUCAUUAUGUAUUAUUCAAAGUAAAAUGCCUUAUUUAGCUAGUAUUUUUUUGUAAAGAUGUUCUGUUACAUCUCCAUAUAGGGACAUGUUAUGGUGUUUGUGUUCAGUUUGUCCUUCUCUUGUACGCGUACACGGCCUUGGUGAUGUGCAUUAUCUUCAAAAAGCCAACAGUAAUGCAAAUGUACCACUGUCCAAAUCACUGCGUUGAUUCCCCAAAGUCAAUCAGUCGUCCCCUCAAAGCACAAACAGAGAGUUCACAAAAAGUGACUGUUUUCUUACCAGUGCCUCGAAAAAUUACUUUAAAUACUUUCUCUUUUUGUUGGGCUUCACUAUGUAGACAUCACGUCCUCUGUAGUGAUGUCACCGGAAAAAAGUGAUAAACAUUUGAAAAUGUAGUGUCUUUGUUGGAUGUCACCAUUUGCAGAUGAUGCCGCGCUGUUCGUUAAAGGGAAAUUUUAAUUAGCUCACCAGCUCCACUGCAAGAUAUCAAUCAGAGCCAAGGGUGAGAGUCUCCUCCAGCUUUUUAUUAAAUACACAAAGUAGUCUGCUGUACAUCCCUGUAACUGUUGUAGUGAAUUACAUAGAAGCAGACAGUGGCGCUGUAACGGGUAGUGAUACAGUUUAGCGUCUCUGGCAGCACCGGUUGGGUUGUGUUGGGUCUGGUGUGACAGAAGAAGUUCUCAGUGGGCCUCAGGUUUAGGCCUGUGCAGAUCUCUAAGAUAUUUCCCACGAAUUGCGAUAUCGAAUUGUUUUUGUUGUGUGACCCUCAUUUCACUGCUUUGUUUAUUGUACAUUGUACCUUGGUAUGUAAAAGAAAUUGUUAAAAAUAAAACUCCUGUUUAGUGUGGCAGCAUCGCUCAUAUCUGAACCUUAAAAUACAAUAAUUCGAUAAUAUUGAAUAUUGCGACGUUUUUCAUAACAUGAAACAUGUUUUUUUUUCCCCCCAUUUCACAGUUUUGCUUUUGCUUACUUUACAUCUUAUCUCGACAUUUGACCAAUAAAACUCUUUAAUGCUGUUUAGUGAAAAAUACAAUAAUAAGAUAAUAUCAUAUAUUGCAAUUUUUGAGCUGAAUUGUAUCGCGAUAUUAAAUUUUGGAUAUCGGCCAAGUCUAAUGAGAAGAUAACUUCUAAGUAAGUUUAGAAAUGAUAAAGUACACACAGUGCAGAUUUCAUUGACCGUAACUAUACAAUACAUUGUGAUGAAUGUGCAGUUUACUACAGCAGUUACAGGGAUAUGGAGGGAACUGUCUGGUUGGACUCAGACAGUGUUUGACAUCAUUUCUGUUGAGAUAAAUUUGGAGAUUCAUGCUCUUUACCCUCAUCAGUGACUUUCUUACCAGUGUUUGCGUUCUCAAAUCUCCUACUGCAGAGUUGGCGAGUAAAACGUUGCUGGAUGCAGGUUGAGAAACAUCAGAAUUUCCCUUUAAUGACGGCUGUUUAAUCCUUUACCAUUACGUUUGGUAUUUAGCACAUCUACAGUAGGAUGGUAACGCACACGCAACAUGUGUCCAACUAAAGUAUUUGAUUGUUCUUGUGUGUUUGUUGAGAUUCCUGAAGUACAAAAAAAAAAAAAAAAGCGUCAGUAAAUCAGAAGGGGGGGGGGGGGGGGGGCGGCGGCCAGGUGUUACGUACCACAGCUAAAUUACCUGAAAAGAAAAAAAACAAAAAAGAACUUGUAACACUCCAGCCCACGUACGCACAUCAUUUCCUGUUACUGGCGUGUUCUUGUGUAAAAACUUGAAACAAACCCUGUAGGUGCAGCAUGUGACAGCAGCUGGAGGGGGGGGGGGGGUCGUGGCGACGGCUGUGUAUUGUCUGUUCAUGUCACACCAUGCCUUCUUUAAACAGUGUUCUCUCUUUUCAUUUAAGUCCUUUUUUUUUUUUUGGUCACCUCAACAUGUUGUAAACGUUUAUCUCAUCAUAAAUAAUGUAUUUAUUGUGCAGCUCUUGUCUCUGCAUCGUUGUCUCAUGACUGAUUAAUGGUUGGUUUUUGUUGCUCUUGAACGUCUCCUGAAAGACUAAAGUGUUUUGGUUCACAUGGAAGUUCAACUGUUGGCUUUUUUUCUCUGCAGCGCCCCCCCCCCCCCCCCCCCCGUCACCUGCUUUUUACAUGUAAUAACACAGUCCCUGAAUGCCUCCUCUGUACUUCCUCAACAUGUGCCAUACCAUAAUAAUCUAACCUGAGGGCACUCUGUGGGAUUAUUGGGCUGAAACAAUUUGCAGUAUCCUAUCUCAUGACUCAGGCUGCAGCUAACAGGUGCCCCAAAUAAUAAAACCACAUACAUUUUAUUUUAAUUUUUGACUGCAAAGGAACAGAUGACUGAAGAGUAGCAGAGUCUGGAGCGGACAGAACAAGAAGCAGGCGUAGAUUUACACAAUCACAGCCACCGUUAAUAUUUUUCGAGGGAAAAUGUCUCACUUUUCUUUUUUUUCUUUUAUUAGAUCAGAAUUACUGGAUUAAAAAUAUGUACAACGCCCAGAGAAGCUGAUUGACUCCAUAAAUCAGACAGAUUCUAGAUUUCGUGGCCUGUUUUAUUUUCUCUGGCCUCGUUAGUCACCAAACCAUCACGGUUCUUGCACCAGGAGUUCGAGAAACCUGGUUUUUGAUUGUGCGCACCACCGUCAAACGUUCACGGUUACACGAGGGCCGAUGAGUUUUGUGUCCAGUUUGAAGGGUCCGUUCACCUUUGACCUCUCUGUAGGCGGAGCUGUAGCCAGGUUGUGUGAAGCCUCAGAGAGCAGACAAACACUCCAAAGCUCCAGGUCUGAACACAGAGUCCAACAGGAUUAAAGAUGUGUCACUUCAAAUCUUCAAAUCUGAUUUCAUACUAAGAAAAAUAUAAAUAUAAAAAAAAAGAGAAUCUUCAAUUUGGGUUUUGGUCUAAAUUCACUGCGGGCUGGUUUCACAGACACUGAAAUAUUAUCUUGUAAUAAGAACAUCUCCCAGUUAUUCUGAUAUUAUGAGGUUUAAACUUUAGAAUUAUUUUUAUUCCCACUUACAGCGAGCUCAGGAAACGUUACCUCCUGUUUCUGCGAGAUGAAAGCGAAAUCAAACUACUUCACUACUAAUCACACUGAUUUCUUUUUGAGUAAGCUUUUGUCUUAUUUGUUUUCAAGAGGCCUAAGAGAAACUGACGUUUAAAGCAAAGUCCAGACUUGAUCACGUGUUAAAGAAAAGCAGUUAAUUAAAAAAGUAAAAUAUAUAUGAGAAUCAGAAACAGUGAAUGUGAGCUGGAUUGGAUGAGUGCAGGUUAGAACAGCUGAUCGUUGAGGAUAAAUAAAUGAAAAUCAUCACCUCAUGUCUGUGAAACCAUCCAUCAACAGAAACAACUGAAGCUGAAUAACGUGACUGUUCACGGCCUCACUGAGCCGAGCUGUUUCUCUACAACAGUGGAGAAAAGACAUUAAGUGACUGAUCUGAGGUCAGAAACCUGGUCAUUACUGAGUGAGUCAUGUGGUGGGUUUUUUAUCCUCCUUCCUUUCUUUCUUUCUGUUUUCUGAUUUGUAACUAUAGCUCUCUGUAUUCCCAUGUGGACCAAUCUCAUGAGUCAAAACAUGGUAUGUGUGAUCUUUUAUUGUGCAAUAAAAGAUGACUUUCAACUUUC